CGAGACCCUGAAUACUGUUAUUGUGGACUGUAUGACAGUGUAAAGAGUACUGCCUUUGGUUCUCGUAGUGUUUCGAAGGUUUUUCAUCUGAUGGAAAGGAAGUUCUCUUGUUUUAGAAUUUUUUCGCAUUUUCCUUGAAAGAAGUUAUUGGUAUUUUUAUUACGCUUAACUCCAUUGGUGUUAUUAUUUGCUUAUGUGUAUUAAAUGUGAAUCAUGAAAUAUUGGGCACUCAGAUUUAGUGCAUGUUAGCAGAACACAUUGUAAAUAGUAAGUGUACAUAGUGUUUGUAAAGAUGAGCUCUGGAAGCCGAUCCACCUCCCGAGGUGGAAAAGGAAUUAAAUCAGAAGCAUCUUCAACAAGUAAACCACAGAAAACAGAUAUUAAAACAGAAUCACCGAAAGCACUUGACCAUAAUCCUAAAACACAGCCUACAGCGGAACAGAUGCGAAUUGCACAGAUUAUCGAUACUAGGACAGAAGACCCGGACCUGAAGGACAAGAUCAAACAAGUUAUGGAUGCAACUCGUAAAACAGAGGAUGAAGUAUGCACUGCUCUACAUGACUGUGAUAAUGAUCUUGACAGGGCAGUGAAUAUGCUUCUUGAAGGAAUGGGCCAGGGUGAAUGGGAAACGUCAGUAAAGAAAAAGAAAAAUCGACAACCUAGCACGAAACCAGAGUCGGCUGUAAACAACCGGGAUGUUGAACAGGAAGACUGGGGCCAGGAGAGAGAAUCAAAUGUGGAGAGAGAGCGCACACGAGGCAGAGGUGGAGGCCCUCCCCGUAUGCGGGGUCGUGGAUCACUGGAUAAUCGUGGCUGGCGUGGUCGAGAAAACAAGGAAAAUGAGAAGAACUUGGAAGAAGGUCGUGAAGGGUACAGACGAGGUGGUGGGAGGAUGAUGAAUGGACCAGGAAGGUCAGGCAGGGGUGGACGAGGAGGUGGCAGGCUUGGUCCCCGAACUUUCCAAAACAGAGAUAAGGGGGGGUUUCCGAGAUCCAUAGAUACUUGGAACAAUCCAGGUGCAGAUGAGAACACUGGUGAAUCCCUCAAAAUGGAGAAGUGGGGUGAUGACUUCCCAUCACCAGAAGACUGGGAUAAUGAAGAGUACACUGGAUCUCUGGCAGACAGUAAAGUGUUUACUCCCAGUGGUGGAGCACUGGAGUCAAUAACAAACUCGGAAUCAUUGGUUGUUGAGUCUACUAACCCCGAUCUCUCAUCUUCACUGACAGUUCAGAACUUGUCAAGUAGUGUGGCAUCAAGCUCAAGUCAGAUGUCACAAAGUCUCGAUCUCCACCAGCCUCCCAGUCAGCUGUCACAACCUUGGUUUCAGAGCCCAGUUCCUGUUGUGGUCGCACCUUUGACUGCAGUCCCGUCAGACUACUUGAGUCAGCUAACACAAGCAACUGAAAAUUUAAAGUCUGCUGUAGGAAUUGGUACUAGCAGCUCUGCAGCGGUAGCAGCAGCAGCUGUAUCUUAUGGCACAUCCAGUAGCAGCUAUCCAGUUACAUCAUCGACAGCAUAUCAACCUCCGAGUCCUCCUUCUGGCUUUACUUCCACAUCAGCAUCGUUUUCCACUUCAAAUUUCGUUGGGUCUGCAAACAGUUAUGGAAACCAAAUGCAGGAACAAAAUUUGGAAUCGUCAUCAGUUACAGCGCAGUGUCCAACUCAGACAAUACCAUCACGACCAAAAACACAGCGACCAAGGGUUCCUCCUCCUUCAAAAAUUCCUCAGAGUGCUGUGGAGAUGCCUGGUGAUGCGAUAAACAGCAGUAUUGGUUAUCUGGAUGUUCAGUUUGGAGGUCUUGAGUUUGGCAGUGAAACAAGCUCUUUUGAAACAACCACGGAGCAAUCAAAAUAUCCCAGUAGUGUGUCUGGGUCUGUGCUGGAUUCGAUUCCAUCUCCUAGAACUACUUCCAACUUAGAUCUGAGUGGUACAAAUCAAACAUCUGUUUUAGAAGCAUAUUCAGGAACAUCACAGAAAGCAAGCCAACCAAGCAUUGCUUCAGCAUUGACACAAAAUCAGAAGCUGUCUGCUGCUGAUACGAUGCUCUCAACCUCUGAACAUAAAGUAAGUCAGCCGAGUUUCUCUCAGAAUCGGAGCUCUAACUCGGCAGGAUUGGAUAUGGAUAAGACUGAAGUGGGUCUCUCUUAUUCUGCUCCAAACACUGUGACAUACCAGACUUCAUACCAGAGUCAGAAGUCCAGUGGAACAGGAUACCAGCAGGCAUCUGGCUACUCAUCUAAUUACUCUUCCACCCAGGUUACAUCAUCCACGGUGUAUCCAACAAACCAAUCUCAGAUGAGCUACACAUCCAGUGGGACAGUCUCAAGCUACAGCAGCCAGCCCACAGCACCUAGCUCAGCAUAUCCAAGUAAUUCCUAUUCCCAGGCUUCUGCCGGAGUUGCCUACCAGACUGGUCCCACCUCAUACCCUUCCAUAAGUCAGUGUGUCAAUUCAUUCCCUAGUGGUACACCCUCAUACCAGACAACAGGUCAGUCUGUAUAUGGAAGCUCAACUCUUGGUGGCUCUGUGAGCUAUGCUGGAUCCACAGGUGCAGGACAGUACCAAAACAAUUAUGGGGGUAAUGUGGUGACGACAUCUCAGAACCAUACCAAACUCAGCUCCACACUCAACACUGGAACCAAAGAAGCUCAGUAUGACACGACAACAACAGCAAAUUCUAACUUAAGCAGCACAAAUGUUACUACAACAAACAGUGGUCUUUCAACAAAUGUCAAUGCAUCUCCUGCACUAGGGCUUGCGAGUAGCAGUCAAACUGUGAACACAACUUCUACCAAAGUAACAAGUUCCACAGGUAAGAGUGGUGUGGUUCCAAAUAUCCCACCAGGUGUUCCUCCCAUGCUUGGCACACAUCAGUAUAUCAUGAGCCAAGGAGGUCUUCCCUACUUCCAGCAGCCUGUGUACAGCUAUGAGGACAUCCAGUUGCUUCAGCAAAGGAUACCACAUGUGGCACCAGGGUAUUAUGAUAUGGGUUUCCAGGCUCCAACAAGCUUAGCUACAGGGAGAGAAGGAGGCUUGGCUAGUGUAGCAUAUUCCAUGUCUGAUGGCCGUUUUACGAGGGCAGACAACAAUGCCUCUCCAGUUCCUUCUACUCUUUCACAGCAGAGUGCCACGCAGGCACACCAGCAGCCCAUGUUGAAUCCUACAGCAUUGCCUCCAGGUUAUGCAUACUUCUAUGGAGGAGGAAUGAUGCCAGGCAGCUUUCAGUAUGGAACGCCUGCUAUUUAUCCGAUGCCUCCAGCCACGAAUGCUCACGGCAGCGCAAGCACUACACAGUAUCCAAAGCCUGGAAGCUAUGGGUCUGGGUAUGGUUCAGGUUAUGAUGGUCUUGCGCAGAAUCAAGACUAUGGGAAAACUGGCUAUGUGUCAAGCAGCCAGUCUCAGAGCAAGGCUGGAGUAGGUGCAAAUGCUGGAACAACUGGCUCUUCUGCAACAGAUCUCAGUGCAACUAUGUAUGGGAAAUCCCAUGUUACUUUGGGCAAGGUGAAUUCAUAUGAGAAACAGGGUUUCCAUUCAGGGACACCACCCCCAUUCAGUUUACCAGGUAGCCAGAGCACACCCAUGGGGCCCAGUGGUACUUAUCCGCAACAUCUCUUUAUUCCUGCCAUGGCACCACAUCAGCAACACCACUCCACUCCUCUUAUACAUCAGCCUCUGCAUCAGAUGGAGAUGAGAAAUCCUGGAAGACGUUCGGAAUCUGGAAGUAGCUCGAAUCAGCGCUCCCAAUCUUCGGCUCAGCCAAAUAAGUCUGGUGCCAAGCAGGGUUAUAGUCCUUCUUACUGGGCCGCCAAUUGAGCAGAGCAAGGCAGGUUUGGUGGAUGGGGGGAAUAUUGGCAGGUGCUUUGUGAAUUAUUUACCGUAUAACAGUUCAUGGUAUUUCAUACUUUGUGCAAAUCAAUCAUUGAUGAUUAAAACAUUUUUGUCCACACUAAGAUUUUUUUAUCUAUAAAAAUAUUUUAAUCUGCAAUGUAUUAUUUACACAAACUAUGUCCAAAAUGUGCUAAAGAGAAGACAACAUUAUUUGGAAAUUGAGCUCACAAUAAAUGUAAACUAUUUCUUGAUGGAUUGAACUUUUGUAGGUCACAUUCUGCUCUUGUAGAUGUUUAUGUUGUCAUUCCUUUGGUUACAAGGAGCCACUUUUCCAGUAAUCCUUCAGCACAUUAAUUUUGUGUGUUGUGGUAUUUUGUGUUAGCUUCAAGUAACGUGUGUAGGAGAAUGUCAUGCAUUUGUAUAAUGAGGGACUGUAGCAUUAUCAUCCCUUCUCUUGUAUAGAUUGUUUGAUUAUUGAGGAAUUAAAUGAAAUGGAAAUAAUGUUAAACCACCUUGUUUGUAUUACUUUAUGAUAUAUAUCCACCUGUACCAUCAAGCCUGUAGAAAACGUGUAGAUGAAGUCUAAUUUCUUGAGCAUAGAAUUCAUUGUUUUCAGAAGGCUGUAGUUCUUUUUACUUUCUUUAUCUCUUUUUGAACUUGAACAUAUAGAGUUUUGUAUAUGCCUUCUUGGCUUUUUGCACCCACAUUAUGUGUUCAAGUUUAAUUGGACUUGUAGUGUGAUCCUUAAUGUACUUUGAGAAUUAUAUCUCAAACUGUGUAUUAUAUGUGUAGCCUAGUAUUAUUUUGUAAGUGCGAUCAACAGUGAAUAACUGAAAUACUAAAUAUAAUGUGUACUAUUUUUCCUUCUGUAUUUUCUAUUGAAUUUUUGUAGUAUGCAAGAAUAAUUUGCUGUCACUGGUUAUGCAUAAGUAAAUAAACAUUAAUAUUAUUUCAUGGUCCUUUUUUUGGUGCAAGUGAAAAAUGCCUCAGUGGCAAGAAUUUAAAACUUGUAGUGAUACGAGAAAGUAAGUUAUAGGAACUAAUAUAAGCUUGGUAUAAGAAUCUGGUGCAAGAACAUAAUUUAUUAGAUUCGCAGUGUUCAAGGACAGCAAUUAUAAAGUGACUGAUUUUGUUUUUGCUUCUAUUUGAUGUGUACAGUUCCUUUGCUGCAAAUGAAAUUGGACUCUUGGUGUGUUGGAUACAAUUUUUUAAGAGCUGAAAGAAAGUACAUAUAGCAGUACUAAUGAAAGAUAUUAUGAAUAAAUGAGUGGAAUUUGUUUGGAUA